AUUUUGUAACAAACCAGCAGCAGGUGGACUUUGCCUGCUGGGCACAAGAAGACCUCAACAGAAGCCUGGCAGAGUGUCAGUGCUGGACAGCUCUCAGCAAGAAGACGAGUUCCACCAAGAUGUUUUCUGUUUUUGUUAUUGUGAUGAUGUCGUUUGUAACCAGUUUGGUUGCAGCAAAGCCAGUGGAAAUGUUCCCCCUUCAGUCAGCAUCCAGACAACAGGGGGUUGCUGUUCUGUUUUAUGUUGCCCACCAGGGCUCACUGAGAGAUAUCGAGAUCAACCCAAUCAUCUUCAAAGAGAUAGUGGUUAACCAGGGCGCAGCCUACGACAAUGCAACAGGGCGGUUCACUGCGCCGGUCGCUGGCAUCUAUCAGUUUGUGUUUGCUGCUCAGCUCUGUCGUGGAAGCCAUAACAACGCUUGGUACUUCAUAGUCAAGGGGAUCCGGAGGGCGGCCUGCCAUGCUCAGGUGUCUGGAACUGACACGACCCUCAACACCUGCUUCACUUUGGAGGAACUGAAGAAAGGUGACCAGGUGUGGAUAAAACAGACUGCAGGAAGCUGCGCCUGGGCCAGCACUGUCUCCAAAACCAUCACCUUCUCCGGCGUCCUGCUGGCGAGUGAGGGGGUGACUAUGCUUGGAGGGAAGUACAGCUCCUGUCCCCUGCCCAGAGUGGACCUCAGCAGGGGCAGGGUGUCCAGCUCUGUAGGCCAGAGUGCCUCUUGGUCUUCUGUGGCAGCCUUGCUGUCUCCUCUUGGAUUACUCAUGGCAAAGUUAUAGACUGUAUCUUUUAUAAUCUUUUAUUUUAUUCUCAAGGGUUCUAGCUUGAACUGCUGGGGUGUGACUUGAUUUUUUUUUCAUUCCUUAAGAUUAAGAUUAAAAUUUGUUUUUGCACACACACAAAACAGCGAGCAAUUCAUCCGCUGCAUGAAAGUAAGUAAGUAAGUAAAAUGAAUUUAUAGAGCACUUUUCAUAGAUACAAUCACAAAGUGCUUUACAUCAGGGAUAAAAUGCAGUAAAAUAUAGAGUUAACAGAAAAACACACAAUAGUACAACAACAGGUAACUUCACAGAUGCCCGGGAAACAUCAACAUCAGGGGAAAGCCUGCCUAAAGAGAUAUGUUUUAAGUUCUCUCUUAAAACUGUCAGUGGAAGUGCAUUCCAGAGGCGAUGGGCGCUGGCCUGGAAAGAGCAGUCACUUCGUGUUUUAAAAUGGGUCCGGGGGACCAUCAAGAGUUUUUGAUCUGACGACCUUAAUGAACAUGAGGGAGAGUAGGGUCUCAGCAGUUCAGCAAUGUACACGGGAGCUUGAUCAUUUAGGGCUCUAAAAGUAAAUCUUUAAAUUAAUCCUAAAAUUAACUGGUAGCCAAUGUAAAGAGUAUAAAAUCGGGGUGAUAUGAUCUCUUUUCCUAGCUCCAGUUACGAGCCUUGCUGCCGCGUUCUGCACAGUCUGAAGGCGAUUUACGGCCUUUUUGUUAAAACACAUAAAAAGUGUGUUGCAAUAAUCAAUGCGAGAUGACACAAAGGCAUGAAUUAUCAUUUCCAUUUCAGUUUUUGAGUUCAUAGACCCCAAUUUAGCGAUAUUCCGAAGAUGAUAAAAGCAGUUCUUCACCAACUGUUUACAGUGGUGAUCCAGGGACAUGUCCUUGUCAAACACAACUCCUUGGUUACGUAAGCUAGGUUAGACAUUAAACCCUUCCUUCACACUCCAGUGAACACACCAUUGGUAGGAGCAGUGGGCAGCACAUUUCUGCAGUUUGAGCAGUGGAGGGUUAGGUGUAUUGCUCAAGGGCACCUCAGUCUUGGCGACCCUCUGUAACAAGCCUGAUUCUCUAACCUCUAGGCCAUGGGCUGCCCGUAUCCAUAAUUGCUAAUGCGAGCACGGAUUGUGGGGUGCUGGAGCAAAUCCAUGCUGACAUUGGGCGAGAGGCACCCUUGAUCACCAGAUCAUUUUUACUUCUUUUAUGUCAUUUACAGUGGUGGAAGAAGUACUCAGAUCUUUAACUUCAGUAAAAGUAGAAAAACCACAGUAUAGAAAUACUCUGUUACAAGUAAAACUUGUAUUUGUGCAAAGUUUGUAACUAGAGAGGUGUUUUCAUGUUUCUUCACUGAAGGAGAUGUCUGUGCACUUCCCUAAAAUCUGACAUUUAAACAGGAAAACUACUGUAAAUUAUGUAAAUCACUACUUUGAAAGUCAAUCAGAAAUUGGAAAAUAAUUUUCUGUUUUUUUCUAAAUGAGGUGGAAAUAGUAGAUGUGCUUCUACAAGUUUCUUUAUUUUAAACUAUGUGGGACAACUAUGUUAAAACAAAUUUAAUUAAUUUUAAUCACACAGCAUAUUAUUUUUCAUACUAUAAAUUUGUCUAGAGGACAAUUAAAAGUACCAAAGUAUUCGUAUCAAAAUGUACAUUAAGUUGGAGUCCUAUUAAAACUCCUGCAGCUCUCUCAGUCCUAAUUCCCGAGCAUGGGCAGAUGCUUUAUACUGUUACUUGUAUAAGAGUAAUUCAUUUUAUAGCGAAAAUAACACAACAUAACGUCACAACCUCAAGCUGAUGAAGAUGGUAAUGUCUGUGAAAACCUCUCUAGUCUCAUUUAGCCACUAGAUAAAGCUUCAAAGCUCAUCAGUGGGGUAUUUACCGAUGGCUAAGUUAUAGUUUAUGUGGUAGAUCAAAAUGUUAAAAUGUCCGAAGCUCACAUAAGAAAAUGCUGCUAAUAGUUUAGCCCUUUGCUAACAUUACAGGUAGCAAAAAACAUCACUAUUAGCAACGUUUUUAUUUUUCCAUAUUUGGAAUGCGUCACCAAUAUUGGCAUGUGUUUUAUUGCGUUUAUUGUCAGUCCAUAUAUCUUCUUUUUUGGGGGGAUGCUUUACAGUGUAUGCAGUUACAACCAAUGCUGUAAUGGCAACCUUUUUAGCAGCAUCUUCCACCAUUCAUGAGACUUUGACCAUCUGAAGAAAGAUGCAUCUGCAUUUCAGCCAAUAGAACAGCCAAUAGGAGUACUCGCUCUAUGAAAUGACCUGUGAUUGGCUAAAAUCUCACAUCACAGGCUACAUUUUAAAACAAAGCCGAGAGGAGAUGCAGAAAUCUAUAUCUAUCUAUCUAUCUAUCUAUCUAUCUAUCUAUCUAUCUAUCUAUCUAUAUAUAUAUAUAUAUAUAUAUUUAUAUAUAUAUAUAUAUAUAUAUAUAUAUAUAUAUAUAUAUGAGCUAUAAGUGCAAGAGUGGCCUAGUAUCACCUUAUAAAAUGGCAGACAAACAAACACAGAGCAGCAACAUUUGAGAAUAAAAGUCUUUGUUGUACUGGCUCUCACUGUCCAGCAGAUGGAGACACCCAAUUGAUAAUAUCCACACAUCCUGAGUUGGGUUGUGGGAUGUCAUUCACAUGCUGCAUGCAUGUUUUGAGGAUAUCCACUCACCUGCCACUUUAUUAUGUACACCUGCUCGUUAGUGCAAAUAUCUAAUCAGCCAAUCACAGGGCAGCAACUCAAUGCAUUUAGGCAUGUAGACAUGGUGAAGAGGAGCUGCUGAAGUUUGGAUAUUUCGAACUGCUCAUCUACUGGGAUUUUCAUACACAACCAUGCCUAGGGUUUACAGAGAAUGGUUCGAAAAAGAGAAAAUAUCCAGUGAGCAUUGAUGCCUUGUUGAUGCCAGAGGUUAGGGUUAGAAAGGCAACAGUAACUUAAAUAACAACUUGUUGUGUAUAUAUAUGUAUAUAUACCCUUACAUAGAUACAAAAAAAAUAGAUUCAUCUUGUUUUUGCCAGAAGGAACUUCCUAGAAUUUUGAUUUAAAAAGUUGGAAAUAGACUCUUAUGACAUGUAAACUCACACAGUGUUAUUAUGAAUCGAUUAUUGAUUGUUGUCAUUGCAACAGAGUCACUGCUGUGAUAUUCUUGAUGUUGGGACUGCUGCAGCAGCUCAUACUCAGCAGCUGCUGGGUCACAGUGUCGCUUCAGUUGACACAGAGACAGCUGUUUUUUGCAGCCUUGCAGCGUGGGGGCUUGUUGCACAGAUGCAGGUGAACCACCUUGGUUUCUCGGCACAGAGAUGUCGCUCUGUGACCACAUCCUCUCCUCUGCUGGUGCUCUCAACGCCUCUGCAGCUUCUUCAUGUCCCAGUUUGUUCCACAACAACAGUUUCAACCUUCUUCUGUACAGAGAUGAUCGAUUUCCUGUUGUUAUGGGCUGUGGUCGACUCACAUGUGAACAUCUACUAAAAGCCUUCAACUGACAGGAAUAAAGCUUGGUUCACAAUACAAUGGAUACAUACAGCCAUAAAUUAUAUGCAUAGUGGAAAAAGGAAAUUUAAUAAAUGUUGACAUCAAUUCACAAAGGUAGAUUUAAUGAUAAUGUGGCUUUUAAAUGUUGUCAAAGAGGCUUUUAUCAACCUUGUGUUGCAGACCAAAUGGCAUGAGUCUGCAAAGCUGCUGUCAAUGGAAACUUAAGAGACAAAAAGGUUGAAUUUUCAGAAAAAAGACAGAUGAGCAACUGCUAAAUAAAUGGAAAGUGAAAAACUUGCAAGUUAACUGCCGAUAACUAAUAGGCUAACUGUGUGAUUGUCAUCUGAAAGGUGGGAAGAUUACCAUAAGAAGAGAUAAUUUGCAAAAUCAGAUUUUCAUUCUUAAAAUGAAUAUUUUUGACCUAGAGAUUUAGUUUAAAGAUGAACUUGCAGGGGCGUUCCCGGUGGCGCACCUGGUAGAGCGCGUACCACAGAGGCCCAGUCCUCGUGAGCGGGCGGCCCGGGUUCGAAUCCGGCUCGGCGCCCUUUCCCGCAUGUCUCCCCCUUUCACUCUCUGUACUCUCAAUAAAA